UGAAUCUGAGAAACUGAGCAAUAGUGGCAGCCCCACAAUUGGAACAGGACAAUUUAGCUUGUUGACUCAAACAGUAUUUCUCUUUCUUCCAUGAACUUUCAUUCUUCCCUCUUGCGUCCAACACAAAAAAAAAAAAAAGAAAAGGAAAAUUGCUUGCCAGAGGAGAAGAACAGCCAUUUAGCAACCAAAGACCCUUUCUUUCCGUUCUUAGCCUCCUUGUAAUUUGCCAGAUCCAGUCCAGAAAUGGCUUCUAGUAGCACCUUAAAAGCGUCGUCUUCCACUUCUAAUUGUGAUGGUUAUAAUUAUCAUGUGUUCUUGAGUUUUAGAGGUGAAGACACCCGCCAGACUUUCACUGGUCAUCUUUAUGCUAAUUUGGUUGCACGUGGAAUUCACACCUUCAGAGAUGAUGAAGAACUUGAGAAAGGAGGAGAUAUCGCAUCAGAUCUCUCGAGAGCUAUCGAAGAAUCAAAGAUUUUUAUUAUUAUUUUCUCGAAACACUAUGCUGACUCCAAGUGGUGUUUGAAUGAACUGGUAAAGAUCAUCGAUUGUAUGACAGAAAAGAAAUCAGUGGUUUUGCCGGUUUUCUACCAUGUGGAGCCAACAGAUGUACGAAAUCAAGGAGGAAGUUUUAAAGAUGCAUUUUUGGAGCAUGCAAAAGAUGCAGAUCAAGAGAAGAAGAAGAAAAUAGAAACGUGGAAGAAUGCCUUGAAGAUAGCAGCCAACCUGUCUGGAUUUCAUCUGCAGAAUCAAUCUGAGGCAGAGUUUAUUCAAAGGAUUUAUGAAGAUAUCGCUAUAAGAUUGAAUCGUACGCCUUUAGAUAUGGGCUACAACAUAGUUGGAAUGGACUUUCAUUUGACGCAAUUAAAAUCACUUAUAAAAGUUGAAUUGGAUGAGGUUCUCAUGGUUGGUAUCUAUGGGAUUGGUGGAAUUGGCAAAACUACCAUCUCUAAGGCUAUUUAUAAUGAUAUCUCGUCUCAAUUUGAUGGUUGUAGCUUUCUUGGAAAUGUUGGGGGGAAAUGUGAAGAUGGUCUACUUAAAUUACAAAAGACACUUCUUCAAGAUAUCGUCAAGUGUAAAGUGCCAAAAUUCAACAAUAUUAGCCAAGGAAUCAAUGUGAUAAAGGAAAGGCUUCGAUCGAAAAGAGUCCUUAUUGUUCUUGAUGAUGUGGACAACUACAUGCAAUUAGAAAACUUGGCUGGAAAACAUGGUUGGUAUGGUGCAAAAAGUAUAAUCAUCAUAACAACUAAAGAUAAACAUUUGUUAGAUCAACAUGAAGUAAAAGCACUUUAUGAGGUGCAAAAGUUGAAUCAUGAAAAAUCUGUUGAACUUUUUAAUUGGUGGGCCUUCAAGCAAAAUACUCCCAAAACUGGAUUUGAAAGCCUUUCAAAUAGUGUAGUGGAGUAUACUCAUGGUCUUCCAGUAGCACUUAAAGUUUUGGGUGGCUUUCUCUAUGAGAAGUCAAUAAAUGAAUGGGAAAGUGAAUUGCAUAAAGUAAAAAAAAUACCUGACGAGAUAGUUCAAAAUGUGCUUAAAGUAAGUUAUGAUAAAUUGGAUCAUACAUGUCAAGAGAUAUUCUUGGAUAUUGCAUGUUUUUUCAGAGGAAAAGACAAAGAUUUUGUUUCAAGAAUAUUAGGAAGUUAUGCAAUGAUGGGAAUAAAAGUUUUGAAUGAUAAAUGUCUUCUUACUAUUUCAGAAAACAAGUUAGAUAUGCAUGAUUUAGUACAACAAAUGGGCCAAGAAAUUGUUCGUCAAGAAUGUCUCAAAGAGCCUGGAAACAGGAGUAGACUCUGGGAUUGUAAUGAUGUUGAUAGUGUGUUAACAAGAAAUACGGGGACUCAAGCAAUUGAAGGACUAUUUGUACAAGGUUCUCUAGCAAGCCAGAUAUCUACAAAUUCUUUCACAAAACUGAAUAGACUUAGAUUGCUCAAAGUCUAUUAUCCACAUAUGUGGAAGAAAGAUUUUAAGGCCCUCAAGAAUCUUGAUUUUCCUUAUUUUGAGUUAAGAUAUUUCCAUUUUAAGGGAUACCCUUUAGAAUCCUUGCCAACAAAUUUUCAUGCAAAGAAUCUUGUUGAACUUAAUUUAAAGCAUAGCAGCAUAAAACAACUUUGGCAAGGGAAUGAGAUUCUUGACAACUUGAAAGUCAUCAACCUUAGUUACUCAGAGAAACUUGUUGAAAUUUCAGACUUUUCAAGGGUGACAAAUUUGGAGAUCCUAAUUCUAAAAGGGUGUAGGAGCCUUGAGAGUCUUCCAAGAAACUUUCAUAAGUUGGAACGUCUUCAAAGUCUCUCUUGUAAAGAUUGUUUAAAGAUGAAGAGUUUUCCCGCAAUCAAAGGAAAUAUGAGUAAGCUAAGAGAGAUUGAUUUGACAGCUACAAGUAUAAAAGAGCUUCCAUCCUCAAUUGCAUAUCUAAAGGCUCUUCAACACCUAGAUUUGUCAUGGUGCAAAAGCCUAAGGAGUCUUUCAGAGAGCAUUUGCAAUUUAAGCUCUCUUAAAACUCUCAUCUUGGAGGGGUGUUCAAAUUUAAAGGGGUUUCCAGAAAUCAAUGAUGAUAUGGAAAAUCUAAAAAUGCUUGAUUUGAGUCGUACAGGUAUAAAAGAGCUUCCAUCCUCAAUUGGACAUCUAAAGGCUCUUAAACACCUUAAUUUGUUAUCGUGCGGAAACCUUGCAAAACUUCCAGAGAGCAUUUGCAAUUUGAGGUCUCUUGAAACUCUGAUUUUGGAGGGGUGUUCAAAUUUAGAGGGCUUUCCAAAAAUCAAUGAUGAUAUGGAAAAUCUAAAAAGGCUUAAUUUGAAGGAAACAUGUAUAGAAAAGCUUCCAUCAUCUAUUGGACAUCUAAAGGCUCUUAAACACCUAGAUUUGUUUAGUUGCAAAAGCCUAAGGAGUCUUUCGGAGAGCAUUUGCAAUUUGAGCUCUCUUGAAACUCUCAUCUUGGAGGGGUGUUCAAAUUUAAAGGGCUUUCCAGAAAUCAAAGAUGAUAUGGAAAAUCUAAAAAGGCUUGAUUUGAGUUUUACAGGUAUAGAAGAGCUUCCAUCCUCAAUUGGACGUCUAAAGGCUCUUCAACACCUAGAUUUGUCUAGUUGCAAAAGCCUAAGGUGUCUUUCUGAGAGCAUUUGCAAUUUGAGCUCUCUUGAAACUCUCAUCUUGAAGGGGUGUUCAAAUUUAAAGGGCUUUCUAGAAAUCAUAGAUUAUAUGAAAAAUCUAGAACAUCUUGAUUUGAGUUUUACAGGUAUAGAAGAGCUUCCAUCCUCAAUUGGACGUUUAAAGGCUCUUCAGCACCUAGAUUUGUCUAGUUGCAAAAGCCUAAGGAGUCUUUCAGAGAGUAUUUGCAAUUUGAGCUCUCUUGAAACUCUCAUUUUGGAGGGGUGUUCAAAUUUAAAGGGCUUUCCAGAAAUCAAAGAUGACAUGGAAAAUCUAAAAAGGCUGGAUUUGAGUUUUAUAGGUAUAAAAGAGCUUUCAUCCUCAAUUGGACGUCUAAAGGCUCUUAAACACUUGAAUUUGAAAUGUUGUACAAAGCUUGUGAGCCUUCCAGAUAUCAUUUGCAAUUUAAGCUCUCUUGAAACUCUCAUCUUGGAGGGGUGUUCAAAUUUAAAGGGCUUUCCAAAAAUCAAAGAUGAUAUGGAAAAUCUAAAAAGGCUUGAUUUGAGUUUUACAAGUAUAGAAGAGUUUCCAUCCUCAAUUGGACGUCUAAAGGCUCUUCAACACCUAGAUUUGUCAUAUUGCAAAAGCCUAAGGUGUCUUUCAGAGAGCAUUUGCAAUUUGAGCUCUCUUGAAACUCUCAUCUUGGAGGGGUGUUCAAAUUUAAAGGGUUUUCCAGAAAUCAAAGAUGAUAUGGAAAAUCUAAAAAUGCUUGAUUUAAGUUUUACAGGUAUAGAAGAGCUUCCAUCCUCAAUUGGACGUCUAAAGGCUCUUAAACACUUGAAUUUGAAAUGUUGUGCAGAGCUUGUGAGUCUUCCAGAUAGUAUUUGCAGAGCUCUUAAAAAACUUGAUGUCCAAAAAUGCCCUAAACUGGAGAGAGUGGAGGUGAACUUAGUGGGAUCUUUGGAUCUAACUUGUUGCAUUCUAAAGCAAAGAGUAAUCUGGUGGAGCAAUAAUCUACUACAAAAUGAAGUGGAAGGAGAGGUCCUUAACCAUUAUGUUUUGUCCCUGUCAUCACUGGUAGAAUCAUGUUCAAGAGACUACAGAGGUUUCCACCUAUCUGCACUAGAAGUAUUAUCCGUAGGUAACUUCAGUCCAAUUCAAAGAAGAAUCCUCAGUGAUAUUUUCCGCCAAUCUUCAUUGAAAAGUGUAUGUCUUCGUAACUGCAAUCUAAUGGAAGAAGGAGUCCCUAGUGAUAUUUGGAACCUAUCUUCACUGGUAAAUUUAUCUCUAAGUAACUGCAGUCUAACGGAAGGAGAGAUCCUCAAUCAUAUUUGCCACGUUUCAUCAUUGCAAAACUUAUCUCUGGAUGGGAACCAUUUUAGUAGCAUACCUGCCAACAUCAUUCAACUUUCUAAACUGAGAACCCUCGGCUUGUAUCACUGCCAGAAGCUUCUACAAAUUCCAGAGCUUCCACCGAGUUUACGAGCUCUUGAUGUCCACGACUGCCCAUGCCUGGAAACUUUAUCAAGUCUCUCAAGUUUACUUGGUUUUUCCUUGUUCAAGUGCUUCGAAUCAACAAUUGAGAAGUGUAGGUGGUCCUAUUGGAGGAAGAAAUUCGAAAUUUUGACCUUAUAUUUAAUGCCUGGAAAUAAUGGAAUUCCAGAGUGGAUAAGCCAUAAGAAAAAGGGAUCUAAAAUAGGAGUAGAACUUCCUGAGAAUUGGUGGGAGGAUAACAACUUUUUGGGAUUUGCCUUAUGCUCUGUUUUUGAAUAUGAAGAUCCUUGGUGUCAAUUGACCUUCCAUAAUUUUUACUUUGAUUAUCCGGAUGGUUGCUUAUCUAAAUCCAAGUUCAUGGAUCUACUCAUAUUUAGCCGUAGCUUUCUACAUUGCCGUAAUUGUGGUGAAUCAAAUAGAGUCUUGGUGGCAUUUUAUCCAAAGGUUGCUAUUGAGAAUAAGCAUUGGUCAAAUGAAUGGAGACAUUUGAAGGCUUCAUUUUAUGGUGAAGAAGUGAAAGUGGAAGAGUGUGGGCUUCAUCUUAUAUAUAAAACCAACAUCUUCAACAGAGAUUCCAAUGCCACCAACCAUUGGCCUCGGUUAUUGAGUGAAAAUACAGAUUUCAAUGUUAAGGAGAAGUCUUGAUGGUGCAGAGAACCCACACAACAAAAAAUCGAGACUUCUCUAGUUUUCAACCUAACACACUUUUCUUCAUCCUCCUAUAAGGCCGCGCCCGCCUAUAUGCACAAGUGGUUGGAGGUUCUUUGCAAAUUUGUCCAAUGGAUAUGCUGCAGAAGAUAUUAAACAUUCAUCUCAAGCUUUUGCCCAAUACUAAGCCCUAAGGUAUGAGGAUCUGCUGAUUUGAAGGGUUUUGUAGGAUUCGAUUUGCUAAUUUCAAUUCUUAAGGUAUGUUUUGAUUUCAUGCCUACGAUUCAAUGAAAUCUUAUUUACGAAGUAUCAUGCCCAAGGAUUCAAUUUGCAACAUGGUAAGAAAUAAAAUCUUUUCGUUUUGUUUAUCUACUAUAAUGUUUCUGCUCUCCACUUUCUCGAAUCAUGGUGUAUGUUUGGAUGACUGGAUUUGGAACGUGGAUAAUGUGUUCCCCUGAUUUUUCCAGUCGGUUUUGUUUAGUUGAUUUUUGUUUCAUGGAUGAUGUGUUCACAGUAGCCUUGGGGAAAUAGAGAGAUACACUUUCAGUGUUGAUGCGGUGUGUGUUUUUUAGGCUUGCGAAUCUGAUUAUGGUUUGCAUAAUCUAAAUUCUGCAAUUAAAAUAAUCAUGCUAGCAUUGUGAUUAGUAGAUUUCAUGGAUAUGGAUUUUGGCCUCAGGGAAACUUUGUGGAUCUGAUUGAAAGUGAUACAUUUAGAAUCAUUUCUACCACCAAAGAAGCCUAAUUAGUCUAAAGCUCAGAUAUACAGAUAUCUGAUUUCCCUUUUCUUUUUAUUUGCUACCACCAAAUAUUUAGUAGUGAUAGUGGUAAAGUAGAAGAUGUAAUAGAAAGUUGUGGACAUGUGUGGUUGUGGUGGGUUCAUUGUGUCUGGAUGCCUCCUGCUUGGUUUGAUUUGUUUUGUUUUGGGGGCCAACACCGCUCAAUUGCAUUGCACUACUCUGCUUCCUUGCUUGAGGCCCAAUCAUAGGGAACCUCAGAUCCCAGCACCUGCUCAUCACUAGUUUCUGUUUUUCUGUUCUCUCUCUCUUUCAUUUUUAUUUUUUAUUUUUUAUUUAUUUUUUGGGGGCAGUAGGAGCUUUUGUCUCCCUCUCCAAAUGAAACUCAACUUAAAAAUUUUUCACAAUGGAAAUGGGUCAUAGAGGUAGGAUAAUACAGAAACUUUGAUUCCAAGAGCAUCACAAAGAAACUCAGUGAGCAGAUUAUGACAACCAUUAGUCCCAAGGUUUUCACUUUUCAGGUAGGUGAUGGAUAUCAGCAUUCACUCCCAUCAACCGGUGGGAUGGCUCUAAUUGGCAACCAUAAUAAGCCUUUUCCCUUUUCCUCUUUUCCUUGUAAUGCAUUAACUCUCAGGGACUGUGAGAGAUAAUUAGGAAUUAUGAGACAACUCAGAAAACCCAGGUUUGCCUUGAAGGACAAGGCACCCAUCCAGAUUCCAGAUGUAUUUCGAUCUGUUCACUGAGUGAUAUAUAGGAGAGUUCAAAUCACUACUAUUCUGAGACAUAAAAAUUAAAUUGUGUAAAAAAGAAUUAACAUAUUAAUGCAUUAUUGGGCAAUCUCUGGUUUAACAGAAUACAAGAAGACUCUCUCACUCAAAGCCAACAAGAAGAUUGCUGACUCAUCAUUGAAAUUCCAUUAUAAACAUAGACAGCUAGCAAGGAUGACCACCAAAAACAUAUACAUUUCCAAGAAUUCAUUUCAACCACCAACACUGCUAGGAAAAUAUAACGUCCAGAAAAUUCUUCCUCCCCAUUAAGGCUAGAGGGAAAACCAAUUUCAAGGCAACCAACCACCUCAAUUAUUCAGAGAAAAUGCUAGAAUAGUCGACAUAAAUUUGAAGGGAAAGUUGUGAUGGUUCUUUCUAAAUUUUUCCAAGACAUGAAGAGCCAGCAAAGCACAUUGGAAUUGAUAUAUCCAUUUGUUGUGUGGAAAAUUUUCCCCCUUUAAGACUGUAGCUACUAGGAAUGAUUUUUUAAUU